UUGAAAACAAGCCCCAAGAGAGAGAGACUACACAUGUUCCUGCCUGGAGUAGACAGGAGGAAUUGGAUGUCCUGCAGAAGUAUAUCUUUGGGGAGUUCAGCCCUGAUGAGUUUAAACAGUUCUUUGUGACACCUCGAUGCUCUGUUGAGCUUCCUCCGUACAAUGAUACAGUUUCUUGUGGUAUUAAAUCCACAGGUGAGCUUCAUGAUGGGGAGGAGUAUAGGAGAAUUGAAUUUGGUGUUAAUGAAGUUAUUGAGACAGAGUCAUCUGUGCUGAAUAACACUAACUACAGUAUUUCAAGCACUCUGAAUCCUCAGGCUCCAGAAUUUAUUCUUGGCUGUGCACAAACUCAGAAAACCCAUGAUGACAUGCUUAAUGAAACUAACUACAACUCCAUAGACUGCCAGUUCACUGAUCCUGCCCUUGCUUUGGAUAAUGGAUCUAAUGCUGAAAAUGAUAGCUUAUCUGGGGGCCUUGGGCAACGGGAGCGUAAAAAGAAGAAAAAAAGACCACCUGGAUACUACAGUUAUUUGGAAGAUGUCAGUGAUGGCAUUGUUCCUACGGAGGCUCUUGUAAAUGGCCAUGCAAAUUCAUCAGGACUGAAUAGUUUAAGCACAGAAGAUACGGAACUUGCAGGAGACAUACCAUCAUCAGCCACACCAAGGACUUGUAACAGCCCUGAAAAUUCUGUGGACUUCGUUAGUGAAGCUGUGUCUGAUGAUUCUGUUUCUAGUGUAUUAGAGAAUGCCAGGACUGCAGGGCAGCCUGAGGUAUGCAGUGUUACCAAUUCUGAACAAUUUUGCAUCCCUUCAGAGGCUGGCAGAGGUAGCCCUUUAAGGACAGCUGUUGUAGAACCUUAUGAUGGUACUGAUACUACUGAAAAUCUUAGUGUUACUAAUGGACAAACACUUGAAUCCUCUGAGGGCACAGCUGCCAAUGGGGUAGAAUUGCACACUAUGGAAAGCACUGACUCAGACCAAGUUAAGCCCGAGGAUGUUUCACCUACGACUGAGGCAACGGCCCCAGUUUCAGGAUCAGUCCUUGUUAAUCAGCCUGCAAAAUCGUGGGCUAGUCUUUUUCACAAUUCCAAACCCUCUGCUUCCACAUCUGUGGCUUAUGUUGAGACUAAGUGUGCCCCUCCCACCACAUCUGCUCUGGUCCCUGAAAAACAGGUUGAAGUCAAAGAGGGGCCUGUUCCAGUUUCUGAGGAUCCUGUAGCCAUAAAGAUUGCAGAAUUACUGGAGAAUGUAAAAUUAAUACAUAAACCAGUAUCUUUGCAACCACGAGGGCUGAUUAAUAAAGGAAACUGGUGCUAUAUCAACGCUACACUGCAGGCUUUGGUUGCUUGUCCUCCGAUGUAUCACCUAAUGAAGUCAAUUCCAGUGUAUUCAAAAUCACAGCGACCAUGCACCUCAACACCAAUGAUAGACAGUUUUGUUCGUCUAAUGAACGAGUUCACUAAUAUGCCAGUGCCACCUAAAGCAAAACAAGCUUUAGGUGAUAAAAUGGUGAGAGACAUCCGACCUGGAGCUGCCUUUGAACCAACGUACAUCUAUAGGCUGUUGACAGUUAUCAAGUCAAGCCUGUCAGAAAAGGGCAGACAAGAAGAUGCUGAAGAAUACCUGGGAUUUAUCCUGAAUGGACUACAUGAGGAAAUGCUGACCCUAAAGAAACUUCUUUGCCCACACAAUGAAAAAAUCUCUGUUUCCAAUGGUCCUGAGACACAAUCUGUAAACGAAGAGGAGGAUCAGGAUGAACAAGGAGAAGGGAGUGAGGACGAAUGGGAACAAGUAGGGCCCCGCAACAAAUCAUCAGUUACGCGACAGGCUGACUUUGUUCAGACGCCUAUUACUGAUAUUUUUGGUGGUCACAUAAGGUAUGGUACAGUAGAGAUCAGUCGAAGGGUGACCCUAGAAGAACUCCCUCCUGUUCUUGUAUUACACCUCAAAAGAUUUGUGUAUGAGAAAACUGGUGGAUGUCAGAAGCUUAUCAAGAAUAUUGAGUAUCCCGUUGACCUGGAAAUUAGUAAAGAGUUACUAUCUCCAGGUGUGAAAAGCAAGAUUUUUAAAGGCCAAAGAACCUACCGGCUCUUUGCAGUUGUCUAUCAUCAUGGAAAUAGUGCGACUGGUGGCCACUACACUACAGAUGUCUUCCAAAUUGGUCUUAAUGGCUGGUUACGCAUUGAUGACCAGGCUGUCAAAGUGAUAAAUCAGUAUCAGGUGGUGAAGCCGUCUGCUGAACGCACAGCCUACCUCCUGUACUAUCGCCGAGUUGACCUGCUGUGAAACUUCCCUCUUUAUGCUGUGUGUGCAAGAUACCUGCUUUGUAGAAUGCCAACUAUCACUAACUUUUUUCCUCCUUUAAAUGCUCUUUUGAGUGAAUCCUUUUUUUCCCUUGCAACUAUGGGAUAGAGUGAAAAAGGAAACUACCUUGGGGGUCGUGCACAACAUAGUUUGUGUGUUGACUUUUGACUUUUCAGAAUGAAGUCAUUUAGCUGAAAGACAGUCUCACGAAUCACAAAAAGAUAAAAAUGAGUUAAUGCUGAAUCCUAAGAUGAUAAAGGGGGUUUGCAUUUGAUUCCCACUUUCUAAUUGCAUAGUAAAAGAAAACCCUGCACCAGCAACAAAACUUGUAGAUUUCUGUGAAAAUAAGUUUUAUCUUUACUUAAAUAAAAAAAAUUAAAAAAAAAAACCCACUCUUUGCUCCCCCUGCAGUUUUUGAUAAAUGGCAAAACAUGAGCCAAUGUGUAUCAGGAGACAAUGGUUCUAUGUGCUUUAAAACAAUGUACAAAAGUACAAAAUGCAGAGUUGCUGGUUCCUAAUAGGAAAACAACACAUUUUAAUAAUUGUGCGAUGAGAAACUGCUUAAGUACACAUUGCAGAUCAAAUAUUUGGAGUUAAAAUGUUAGUCUAUAUAGAUGGGUGAUUGUAACUUUAUUGCUAUUAAGAGAUUUCAAACUGCAUUUAUGCUUCUGUGUACAUGAGAUUUUAAAAAAUGGGCAAAAUAAUGAAGAUUGAUAUUUCUUUAAGUCUGCUUUGUUUAAUUUUGCUGUCUGCUCUCCUAUAAUGUUGAGUUCCUAAUUGUACACAGUUUAGUGAUAUCUAGGAGUAUAAAGUUGUCGCCCAUCAAUAAAAGUCACAAAGUUGGUUUAAA